AUGGGUUCUGCUGUGCCCAACUCGCGUUACUCUUACUUGAGGGAGAUGCAUGAAACCACAACUAACAAAUCCGACGCAAUGGCCUCAAAUGCGAUGAAAGGCAAGGCACCCGCCACCAGUGUCUAUCCGUCUCCAGCGGACGAAGUUAUCAACACCUUUUCUGCACCAUCUUCGCCGGUCUUCAAUGAGCAACAGAUUGCUCCAUUAGUCCGCAGAGACAGGAUUACACUACCACCGAUAAGCAGUCUUGUGAAUCAGAUGCCGUCGCCGUCUUCUUCUCCACAAUUGGCUAUCGCGUCCUACCGCAGUCCUGCUGACGCUUUCCUAAAAUCUCCAAUCAAGUUCAGCAGAAGUCAGGACGCUCCAUUGUUCCCAGAUAGACCAAUGGCUUCCAACGAUGUCGCAAGACCGCAACCUCUCUUUGGAGGAUCUACUUAUCCAACUAAGCUUGCCACUCUGCCCGAGCUUGACCAGCAGAGGCUUGCUCCUCUUGAGAAUUCGAGUGUGAAUCACCUUGCAAGGUCGCCAUCUCAAUCUGGUGCUUCCCUCCAACCUUUGACACUUGCCUCUACCUUCAGGCCUAUUCCUCAACCCCAGCAGUCAGAUCCGUUGCGUAGAUUCACACAUGCCUCUCCUGGUCUCGGCGGCUCUAAGCACAGUUCACGCGACAGAGCUACGCAUCUUCCUGGCAGGAGACCAAAACAACGACAGACCGCCUACGACAUUCAGAUGAGAGCACCAGUCUCACCGAGCGACCCUAGGUACGGAAGGAACGAUUUCUGGGCGAGGCAGAUUGCUGAGCCCGCCACUUACGUUCUUCCGCUUCUUCAGGAUUGGCACACGGUUUUUGAAGCCACAAAAGCCGCUCUACCCCAGCCGACUUUUCCCAUCGCGACACCAGCAGGUGUCUUCGACGAGCUGAAGCGAGUGUCUCCGGCCGAUGCAGCCACAUUUGCCGCAAGGCACGCAAUAUCAUCGGGACGAAGAGACCAGCACGACAAGCGCAAAGCCGAUAGUGUGGUCGAUAUGCCCCCACCAAAGCGUACAAGGAAGGUGUCUGCUAGCAAGCCUUUGAAACCUUCGGUGUCGCCUCGUGAGGCACCUCUUGAUGCUCCCGAGAAGAAGUUCCGACGUCGUACGAAUGAUGCAACCAAAGCGAGAGCACCGGCAGAUAAGGUUGCUCGCGACUUUUCAAUCUACCCCGACUACUGCCCUCCAUUGUCAACUCUGGACAGUGAUCAAGUCAACUUCCCAAACAUUGAAUGGAAGGCAACACCACAAGAUGUGACCAACCAUGAAGAUUGCCAUCUGCUACACCCCAAGGAGAUCCAGAUCGUAUCGAAGCUUGUCCUGACUCCCUCGGAUUAUAUCUAUAUCAAGCGUCGCUUCUUCGCCAAUCGUCUCGGUUAUGCAAAGAAACGCCAGCCUUUCAACAUCAAUGCUGCUCAGCUCGCCUGCAAAGGAGCAGAUGAGCACGGCAUAACUGGCAUUGAUGUCAACAAGACCAGCAGGCUCCACAAGGCUUUUGAUCGCGUGGGUUGGCUCGACGAGAAGCACAUGAAGCGUUUCCUUUGA